AAGUCACUGGGAAAGGCUUGACAGAAUUCUGCUUAGUUAAGGCUCCCUCCAGCUGCAGAGGGUGUUUUUGUUAGAAUCACACAUUGAGCAAAACUGCUUAGAAUAGAGCAAUGAUCUCAGCAACGAAAUCUGAACUUCUGUGCUAGCAGAAACUAACUGGGAACUAAUCUUUUUUUUUUUCUCUUUAAUGACCCUUUUUUAUGGAGGUAAUGUCCAAGGUCCGCCCUCUCUUCAUGUAGGUACGGAAGUCUUGGAAUCUUAGAGGUUUUAUAAGCAACAACAAAAAUAAAGAUGAUUUGAAAAAUGAGGAAGUUUUCUGUAACUGGUUAAGCUGAAUGUCAGUAAGCUGCAUUGGAGCUUUCUACGUUCUGGAUCUCAGCAGUAACACUGGAGGUAAAAUAUUCACAAUGUUAGCAUGAUGAAAAUCUCUCCCAUUUUGGAGCAGCACAUUGCAGCCAUGUCAGCUCCUCUGGUCCUGUAUGGAAUGUAUCUUGCAGCCUGUUGUUGAACUAUUAUGACAUGUCUCUAGCAAUCAGAAAGAGAAGCUGGGAGGAACAUGUGACCCAAUGGAUGGGACUGGCUUUUUCUCCUGUUGAAUAUAAUACAGCAUGCCGUCAUGGACUUGUAGUUGAUAACUUGCAGGCAAGUAUGGAAAAAGAUGAAGUUUUGAGUGCUAGCCGGAAAGAAAAAUCUGCUUCGUUACCAGACUGCUGUCAUAGUGGAGAGCUGACUGGCUUCCCAGCAAAGCUGCUUAGCAAUAUUUCGAAGGAAGUGGAUGAAAAUGACAACCAUGAAGACGAGGAGCACUUUCUGGAGGCCAGUACAGAAACUUUGGUCCAUGUUUCUGAUGAAGAUGAUGAUUAUUCAAAUCUUAGUUUGGGUAAAAUUAACCACCACAUCACUUGUACUGGACAGAAAUCAAAAGACAAAGAAAAGGGUUUAGGAGAAGCUGGCUCCUUAACAAUGAUGGUACCAAAAAUGGAAAUAAACAAGGAAUUUAAUGUGUCUGGAACAAUAGAAGUCAUUAAUGAGCUCGACUAUGCCACCAUUUCCCAAGAAAAAAUGGAGGAGGAGGACAUUUGCAGUAGUACUGGGAAAAGCCUGGUGCUUUGUAAUUGUAAAGGGUUGUGUGAAGUAUUACACAAAAGUGUACCAAGAGAAACCAUCUCUCAUUCUCUGAAUGUGAAGGAAAUUACUGUGCCUGGGAAACAGCUGCUUCAUACUGCUGUAAUUGCACAACAGCGUAGGAAAUCUGAUGCUUCUAAAGAUGGGCUUGGAAAAACUGACAAUACUGUGGUACAGGAUAAGCUUUCCCCUGGUCCAUGUUCUGGCAGUGGCAGACAACCAUUCUCAAAAGCUGCACCCAAGGAUUACCUUGUGCAAUCUUCUCCUUGUUCCCGUAUCAUGCCAGUGGAUAAUGGUUUGGAUGAAUGUGUUCUCACAGAACCUCAAAUGGGCCCUGAAAAAAAAUAUCUUACAAAUGUCACUCCAGUGGAAGACAUCCAGUGUUUACAUUUUCAGGAUGAUCUGGCCACUCAUGAACCUGCAGACAGUCACGUGAAAUUGCGAAAAAGAAAGGAAAUGAGAGAAGAUCGAGAUCGGUCACAAUUGGACUCCAUGGUGCUGCUAUUUAUGAAACUGGACCAGCUCGAUCAAGAUAUUGAAAAUGCUCUCAGUACAGGCUCUUCACCAUCCAGCACCCCAAUGUACAAACGGAGACACAUACCCGAUUUGGAAUCUGGUUCUGAAAGUGGAAUAGAUCUUGCUUCAAUAAGUCACUCUCAAACAAACUUAUCUCCUAAUACCCAUGCUGCUGACCUAGUAUCACCCUGUCUAAUGGCUGGCUCUGGAGCUAAACCAAAGGCUGGGGCUAUGCCAGUUAUUUCAGAAAAGGAGAAGGCGGAAAUAGAGGCCAAGGAAGCGUGUGAUUGGCUGCGGGCAGCAGGAUUCCCACAGUAUGCUCAGCUUUAUGAAGAUCUCCUGUUCCCCAUUGACAUCACUUUAGUCAAGCGAGAGCAUGACUUUCUCGAUAGAGAUGCUAUUGAGGCCUUAUGCAGGCGCUUAAAUACGUUAAACAAAUGUGCAGUGAUGAAGCUAGAAAUCAGUCCACACAGAAAAAGGAGUGAAGAUUCCGAUGAAGAUGAGCCUUGUGCAAUAAGUGGGAAAUGGACUUUUCAAAGGGACAGCAAGAGGUGGUCCAGGCUGGAGGAGUUUGACGUUUUCCCUCCAAAACAGGAUUUGAAUACCCCCUCCCCAGAAGCUCAUUCCCUGACCAAUGCGGCUAGCCACGAAAGCGUCCUGACAGACCUCAGCGAGCGCCAAGAGGUGGCUUCUAUUCACAGCGUCAGCAGCACCAGCAGCCACCAGCCACCCCCGCAGAGUGAGACAGCUACUACUAGAACAAACUCUGUUGCCAGCGUUUGUUCAUCAAGCAAUUUCAUAGCAAAUGAUGACUCCUUCAGCAGCCUGCCGUCGCCUAAGGAGCUGUCUAGCUUCAGCUUCAGCACGAAAGCCAAUGAAAAGAAUGCCAAGUCCAAAACAAAGAGCCUGUUAAAGAGGAUGGAGAGUCUGAAAAUCAAGAGCUCUCACCAUGGGAAAAAAGCCCCUUCAAAGCUUGGUCUUAUUAUCAGCGGGCCCAUCCUGCAAGAGGGCAUGGAUGAAGAGAAGCUGAAACAGCUUAACUGUGUGGAGAUUUCUGCUCUCAAUGGCAAUCACAUCAACAUACCAAUGGUACGAAAAAGGAGCGUCUCCAAUUCCACUCAGACCAGCAGUAGCAGCAGUCAGUCCGAGACGAGCAGCGCUGUCAGCACGCCGAGUCCUGUCACAAGAACACGCAGCCUCAGUGCGUAUAAUAAGAGGGUGGGCAUGUACCUGGAAGGUUUCGACCCAUUCAACCAGUCGACAUUCAGUGAUGUUAUGGAACAGAACUUUAAGAACAGGGGAAGCUUUGCAGAAGACACUGUUUUUUUUAUUCCUGAAGACCAUAAGCCUGGCACCUUUCCCAAAGCCCUCUCCAAUGGUAAUUUCUCCCCAUCAGAUGGUAGCGCUUCUGUGAACUGGAGAACUGGGAGUUUUCAUGGACAUGGCCACCUUACCCUUAGGAGAGAAAACAGUGGGGACAGCUCCAAGGAACUGGGCAUUGGGAAAAGGCGCAACUCUUCCAGCUCUGUGGGCAGUCGCAUUAGCAUUUAUGACAAUGUACCAGGCUCAAUACUGUACUCCAGUGCAGGUGAUCUGGCUGACCUUGAAAAUGAAGACCUCUUCCCAGAACUGGAUGACAUCCUUUAUCACGUGAAAGGGAUGCAGAGAAUAGUAAACCAAUGGUCAGAAAAGUUCUCGGAUGAAGGGGACUCUGAUUCAGCACUAGAUUCAAUUUCUCCAUGUCCUUCCUCUCCAAAGCAGAUUCAUCUUGAUGUGAAUAAUGAUCGAACAACACCUAGUGACCUUGACAGUACAGGAAAUUCAUUAAAUGAAAUGGAGGAGCCCUCAGGACUGCAGGACAGAAGGGACUCUGGCGUAGGAGCAUCACUAACACGGUCCAACAGGCACAGACUGAGAUGGCACAGCUUUCAGAGCUCCCACCGACCCAGUUUGAGCUCAGCAUCCUUACAGAUUAACUGCCAGUCUGUGGCACAGAUGAACCUGCUGCAGAAAUACUCACUCUUGAAGUUAACUGCCCUCCUGGAGAGGUACACGCCUUCCAAUAAGCAUGGCUUCAGCUGGGCUGUACCAAAGUUUAUGAAAAGGAUAAAAGUACCAGAUUACAAAGAUCGGAAUGUGUUUGGAGUUCCACUGCAAAUUAAUGUCCAGCGUAUGGGACAGCCUCUUCCGCAGAGCAUUCAACAAGCCAUGCGGUACCUCCGCAACCAUUGCCUGGAUCAGGUUGGGCUGUUCAGGAAAUCUGGAGUCAAGUCAAGAAUCCAAGCUUUGCGCCAAAUGAAUGAGAAUUCAAUAGACAGCAUUAACUAUGAAGGACAAUCUGCUUAUGAUGUGGCGGACAUGUUAAAGCAGUACUUCCGUGAUCUUCCAGAACCACUCAUGACCAACAAACUCUCAGAGACCUUCUUGCAGAUUUACCAGUAUGUGCCGAAGGAUCAGCGUCUCCAGGCUAUUAAGGCUGCCAUUAUGCUUCUACCCGAUGAGAACAGGGAGGUCCUACAGAUUCUGCUUUAUUUCCUGAGUGAUGUCACAGCUGCAGUGAAAGAAAACCAGAUGACGCCAACAAACCUUGCUGUGUGUUUAGCACCCUCCCUCUUCCACUUAAAUACUCUCAAGAGAGAGAAUUCUUCUCCAAGGGUGAUGCAACGGAAGCCCAGUCUGGGCAAACCUGAUCAGAAAGAUUUAAAUGAAAACCUGGCUGCUACCCAGGGACUGGCCCAUAUGAUUGCUGAGUGCAAGAAGCUCUUCCAGAUUCCUGAAGAAAUGAGCAGAUGUCGAAAUUCUUAUACAGAGCAAGAUCUUAGACCUCUCAGCUUGGAGGAGCUUGGACAAAACAACAGCACAGAGUCCUCUGACUAUCACUGUUACCUCCAGGACUGCAUGGAUGAUCUACUCAAGGACAUGAAGGAGAAAUUUAAAGGUUGGGUCAACUGUUCAACAUCUGAGCAAGCAGAGUUGGCCUAUAAAAAGGUAUCUGAUGGGCCCCCACUCCGGCUGUGGAAGUCCACCAUUGAAGUCCCUGCCAUGCCUGAAGAGAUUUUAAACCGUUUACUGAAAGAACAGCAUCUUUGGGAUGAAGAUCUCUUGGACUCAAAAGUAAUUGAAACCUUGGACAGUCAGACAGAUAUCUACCAAUAUGUCCAAAACAGCAUGGCCCCACACCCAGCUAGAGACUUUGUUGUCUUAAGAACAUGGAGGACAAACUUCCCCAAAGGGGCCUGUGUGCUUUUAGCCACCUCAGUGGAUCAUGACCAUGCUCCAGUGGUUGGUGUUAGAGUUAACGUGCUCUUAUCCAGGUAUCUGAUUGAACCGUGCGGGUCAGGAAAAUCCAAACUCACCUACAUGUGCAGGAUUGAUUUAAGGGGCCACAUGCCAGACUGGUACACCAAAUCUUUUGGACACGUAUGUGCAUCUGAAAUUGUUAAGAUCAGAGACACUUUUGUUCAGAAUCUUGAGACUAAAGAAGUAAAAUCUAGGUGACUACUAAGGUGGAACAACUAUUCAUUAUCAUCCCUGUAUAUAAUCCCAACAACCAAGGAUUGUCAUGGCAGAAUGGAUUCUAGCACAACCUGCAAGUUGUAUCAUGAAAGAACAAGAUCAUGAACUGGACCCUGAGCAUUACUGUAAGGCUGUGGCAAUACCAUACAUCCAAAAGCUGCUUCCUGUCUAUGUAAGGUCUAUAGUAUAGAUCUUGACUGGAAUAUAUAUAGGAGGACUUCAGAAAAGGUAAACUAAACUAUUAGAUGGUUUGAAUUGCUUCUGAGAAGCUAAAACUCUUUAAACAUAAGUAUAUUAUGUAACAUCGUGAAGAUGCGUGAUCCCAUGUGCUACUAGCUUUAUGUAUGUAUCUGUCAUUUUAUCUGUAACGUGUUUGAGGGACUGGUGUAUCCACUGGAAUAGUUGGUACUCUUCAAUGUGUUCUCACUGAGAUAAGCGAAGAAAGGUUUGCACAGAAAUUAAUGUGUGAAUGAGUGUGUUAAUGGUUGAAAGUAGCAGCAAAAGUUGAAUUAGAAGUAUGGUGUCUGGUACACUGAUAAGCAAGCAGAAUGGAUUUUAAUGUAUUGGAGACAGUUCAACCUGGAAUCUGACUACCAAUGGGCCAGCUGCAGCACCAAUCAUCCUUUGCUCUUGCUGGUUUUGUAUUUUCCCCAGUCACUAUCUUUGUUAACUUGUAAGCAACUGCCAUACUACAUUGCUCAGAGUACUGUCCAUUGCCUAUCCAGAUCUUUUUAGGAGCAUUUAGUGAUUCUAUUACAAUGAGGAGAGUACAGUUAUGUAGCUUACGGCUGAAAUUUCUCUGUAGUAACCAAGUGAGUCAACGUCAAUAGCUGUGUUGCCUAAAAGUGAAUAUUGUUGCAUUUACUCCUAGAUCCGCUAUGAUAAUUGUAUACAGUCCUAACCAGCUUAGUAUAUUUUACUGUAUUUUAACAGCUUACAAAGAAAAUUGUAGACAUGGAAGUCCUGCCAUUAGGGCUCCUAUGACAUCAGAGAAAGGAAGUUGACAAGGAAGAUUCAUAUAAAUUUUCCUCUCCUGUACCUACAUUUCUGAAAUCUGCACAUUAGUGUGAAACUAGGAGCUUUAGAGUGAGCUAGUUAAUAUAUUAUAUUUUUUUUAGCCCUCUAAAAUAUUUCUCACUGACAAUCGCUUCUUAUGGACAGUAAGAAACUAAAAGAGGUCCUCUGGAAAAGGUGGUCUUUAUACAGGUUUUACUGUAAAGAUAGAGAUUUGAUUUAGAGAUGCAGUAUUAAGUGAUAAAUGUAUUUUAUGGCUAGCGUAUGAAUGAGGUGUAAGAUGGAUUUUUGCCUGAGACUAAGUUACCAUUGUCAGUGUUAUUAAGUUUUCCUUAAUGGAUGAAGAUUUUUUGUUAUGGCAAAUAAUGUAGUGUUUCCAGUAUCAGUGUUCCUCACAAAUUGGGAGCCCUUGCAUAUUCAGCUUCAAACAGUUUGUAAAAUCGUAUGUUGUACAUACCAUUCUAUUGUAAACGUGUAUACUUGCCCACAACGUACUGUCCUAGAUAAAGCAUGAUAAAGAUUAUUUAAAAUAUACUUGUAUUUAUACCUCAAAUAUUCUUUUGGGUUUUUUGUACCUCAAGUAUUUUUUUCUAUUGUAAAUAUGCUUUACAUGAUUAUGGUCUAAGUGAAAGAAAGGAAGAGGUUUAUAACAUGCUAUAUAUGUCUGUACAGAGUAUAAUCAAUAAGUGCACUAUUAAAUGUUUAAAAU